AUGAAAUACUUGGGAGCAUAUCUCCUUGCCACUUUGGGAGGAAAUGACUCGCCCUCAGCCAAGGAUAUCCUGAACAUUCUUGAUGCUGGAGGGCUCGACUGCGAUAUGGAAGAUGCGAAUAAAGUCGUAGAUGCUUUGUCAGGCAAAUCAAUUGCUGAGGUUAUCGAAGAAGGAAAGAAGAAGCUGUCUUCAGUUCCAAGCGGAGGUUCAGCUGCGCCAGCCGCUGCUCCUGCUGGUGCUGUCAGUGGAGACGCGCCCAAGGGUAUUUAA